AUGAAGUGCAGGAGAGCAGCCAAGCCAACCAAACCAGCACCAACCAUACCGACACCGGCAGUGAUGGCAGCAGCCAUACCAGAUGACGAUCCUGAAGCGCUUGUGACAGUUCGUGAAGCGCUGGCAGCAGAGCUUGCGCUGGAAGCUCUUGAGCUAGCUGCGCUCGAAGCAGUGCUCAAAGCAGAUGAUGCAGAGCUAGUCAAGCUUGCGAGGGCUGAGGUAUUGCCUGCUGAGGACGCUGAGGCAAUCGCCGAUGAGAGGUUUGCGGAGAUGCUCGAGUUGAAUGAUGCAAGAGAUGUUGAUGCGGCUGAAGCGAUGCUCGAGGCAUUUGAUGUUGCAACGGAGGCGAUGGAGCUGGAGUCCACUGAUGAGCUGCUGCCGGUGGCAGAGGCAACGACACUUGAUGCACCGCCAGUGGCAGAGUCGAUAAUAGUUCCUGCACCAGCAGUGGCGUCAGAGACAAGCGAGCCGGCGCUGGUCAGGAUCUGUGCAUAG